AUCGGUUGCAACAGUGUACUUCCCCCACUUGCGCCACUACAGCCGGAGCUGCUCACGUGACGCAAAUAUUGUCCUCCUAUUUGUUUGCUUACGUGCCUCUACUGCCACGCCUUCUUACUCGGAGAGAUAUAUUAACCUGUUGACCAUUUAAGAUCCAGUCAGUUAGUUAGGAAUACACAUCUCCAUAGGACUUUACGCAUCUAGGCUUUUUACUGACUAACAUGGAGGAACAACGGUAUCCGGUUAAUGUCCGACUGAUUGGAGUGAUGCACAAGGAGAAAAGCAAAAUGUACAUGACAUCGGUGCUUUGGUCAGAUCAGAAUGACAUCAUUGUUUACAGAACCUUCAAGGACUUCAAGACACUUAAUGAACAAAUGAAGAAGAAAUUCCCACCUGCGAACCCACUUAAAAAAUCGGACAGAAUUAUUCCUAGAUUUCGAGACUGGAGGAUGAAGAUUAACACAAAGAAUAAUGGUCCAAGCAAGUCGGUGGUCCAGCUCAAGUUUUUGGAGAAAUACUGCAGCGAGCUCCUCAGCUGUGACCCGCGCGUCUCACAGUGUCCUGAACUCAUCCGGUACUUCCACCCGAAGGACCAAGAUCUACAGCCAGAGUUUGCCAAGAAUAGUAUCAUGAUCAUGCCUUCAGAGGAUUCCACUGGACAUGACAAGAGUGUCAACAUUGGCAACGUUACGCAGCCGUUCGUAACAGAGUCAUACCGGUGCAUGGCACCCUAUGAGACCAAAGACACCAAGAACCGGCCGUUCAAAGUGGCCGUGGACGAAAACUUGGACGUGCUCAUCAAAGACAAAGCAGGCUGGUGGCUGGUGGAGAAUGAGGACAAGCGUAUGGUGUUCCCUGCUCCAUACCUGGAGAAGGUAGAGGGGGAUGAGGAGGACGAGAGUGACGGGUCCUAUGGAGAAAGUGUGCUGUACAGUGCUGUCAGAAGCUACAAAGCCACAAAUGGAGACGAGGUGUCUGUGGACAUUGGCUCAGUGGUGGAAGUCCUGCAGAAGUCUGACAAUGGCUGGUGCUGAUCAGGUAUGUUACUGAACAACACCUGUCUGACUAAACAGAAAGAAUACAGUAGCUAUAGCUGUAAAGAGAAGCAUGACUUCCAGACUGUCGGAACCAUGGAAUCAAAAUGAUUACAACUCAUACUAAUUCUAUGGUCAGAUGACAGCAAAUGCAUUGA